UCUUCGUCUAAUUAUUAAAAAAAAAAAAAAAGAAUUACAUCAAAUUGUUGCUUCGUUCAUCGUUCAAGUAAAUUCUUGUCUCUUUUAGGGUGGAAUCGUUGCUGGUGUUGUUCCGUUUGAUGAAGUUUACUUUGCUUGAGGUUCCAUCAGAGGCGUAUUUGAGCAACGCGAGCCGUGUGAAGAUUGGGACUGCUUCGGUUUUGGUACAAUGAGUGCGGUGAACAUCACGAACGUGGCGGUGCUGGACAACCCGGCAUCGUUUUUGUCCCCUUUUCAGUUCGAAAUCUCCUACGAGUGUGUAACUCCUCUAAAAGACGAUUUGGAAUGGAAACUCAUCUAUGUUGGAUCUGCUGAGGAUGAAACAUAUGACCAACUUUUAGAAAGUGUUCUUGUUGGCCCAGUCAAUGUUGGAAAUUAUCGAUUUGUUUUGCAGGCAGACCCUCCGGAUCCUUCCAAGAUUCGUGAGGAAGACAUCAUAGGUGUGACAGUGCUUUUGUUGACAUGCUCUUACAUGGGUCAAGAAUUUGUUCGCGUGGGCUAUUAUGUUAAUAAUGAUUAUGAUGAUGAGCAGCUCAGGGAGGAGCCUCCCCAGAAGAUCUUGAUUGACAGGAUUCAAAGAAACAUAUUAUCCGAUAAACCAAGAGUAACCAAAUUCCCCAUUAAUUUUCACCCUGAGAACAGUGAGACUGGUGAACAAGCCACUCCACCUGGCCAUGCUGGUGAAGCAGAUGGAUGUGAAGAACAAAGUCAGCCUUCACCCAAUCAUCUUUCGAAUGAAGAGCAUAAAACAUGAUGAGACGAACUUUCUGAUCAUGUGGCUUUCUUUAGCUCUUCGAUGUGCUGAUCUGCCUGUAGCUGCAGUUUACUUUGGCAAUUUCUUUCAAGUAUUGACUGCGUGUCCAGACUGAUUUUGAGGUCCUUCCUGUGCUGUUACAACCAGCUUAUGCAUACUACAGUGCGCUGCUGGUUCAUUCCAGCCUCGCUUGCUAAAAGUGCAAAAUAUUUGGCCCCAUUAAACUCUUAAAAACUCUAAGAUGCUCAAAGUGAUUGGGACUAGGCAAAAGUUUGUUAUUGGUUUCACCCAAUAGCCUGGAAGCAGUUGUUUGAUAGAUUUUUCGAGUUGUGAUUAUAAUUUUGUAUCUGUUGCUCAACCUACAUUCACUGCCAAGGGCUUUUUGUGGAUUUUAGUAGACUAUGCUAAGAGGAUUAAGUUAACACCAUUGAUGUAUGAUGCUUGGUUCUACCCUUCCAUUUGUGCAUACAUUACAACUCCAAUUAGGUUCUUGGGCA